GUCCGCCGGAGGGAAAAGAGUAGACCAAACUAGCCCCCUCGCCUCCCUGUGAACCCUAGAAAGGCUGGCUCGGCCCUCCUCACCGCCCCCCACUCCGCAUUCCGCAGACCAGUCGAUCCAUCGGGAAGGGCAGGGCAGGGGAGGAGAGAAGAGAGAGAGAGAGAGGGCACGAGGUGAGGGAGGAGAGCCAGAUCCGGCAGGAGAGGGCAGGAGAUGGGCGAGGAGCCGACCGCCACCGCCAAGGGCAACCCCACCGGCGGGUCGCUGACCACCACCAAGGCCACCAUCGCGGAGUCCAAGGCCAGUCCCCCCGCCGCCUUGCUGCCCGCCGUCAUCAACGGCAGCACCCCCGAGGCCUUGCCGCCCGACGCCACGGACACCGCCAAGGCCAUGCUCUCCAGCGUCGACGCCGCCAAGGGCGCGAACCACGCCGACGACGAGCCGACCGCCACCAUGGAUGCCGUCAAGGGCAGCCCCACCGGUGUCUUGCUGGCCACCUCCAAGGGCACGGGCUCCAUGGCCACCAUGGGCGCCGCCGACGGCAGUGCCCCCGACGCCUCGGUGCCCGCCGCCAUGGACAUCGCCGACCCCAAGGGCAGCACCGCCGACGGCAGUGCCCCCGACGCCUUGGUGCCCGCCGCCAUGGACAUCGCCGACCCCAAGGGCAGCACCGCCGACGGCAGUUCCCCCGACGCCAUGGUGCCCGACGCCAUGGACAUCGCCGACCCCAAGGGCAGCACCGCCGACGGCUUCCAGCCCACGGCCAUGGACACGGGCUCGCACUCCAGCGUGGACGCCAAGGGCACGGACCACGACGACGUGCUGGCCAGCGCCGCCAAGGGCGCGAACGCCGUCGACACGCUGAACGCUGAUGUUGAUGCCGCCAACGUCGACAAGCUGCUGAAUGCUGAUGUGGAUGCCGCCAAGGGCUUCAACACCGACGACCCGCUGGCCGCUCGGCCACCAAAGUUUGAUAUCAAGGAAGUAAAGAGUCUAACUGCUAAGAAGGAUUGGCAAGGAAUUGAUGAACUCUUGUGCAAGUUUCUGGGUGAUUGCCUUGGGAAGGACCCCCAAGAUGCUGGCAUCAUCCAUCCAGGUCUACUCCUGAUACCACGCCAAGAAAAACUCAUACAACUGAUGCAGAACCAAGCAUUUGAGGAGGCUAAGAUUUUUUGUGAAAAGUUUAUUGAGCCUCUAAAGAAAUGUGAAUCUAAAUUCAGACCCUUGAGUCUAGAGUGGCGUAUUGAUGAGCUCAUCAUGAUUAUGAGGCAAAGGUCUGUUCCCGGAGGAAGCACUGUGGAUAUUGCAAGUUCAGUAUCAGACUAUAUGUUUCUGUAUUUCCCAAGGGCUAUGUGUGAUGAACCCAACCAUGCAGAAGAGGGUACAUGGCAGUUUGCCAUGAAAUUGCCAGUACAAACCAACCAGAUUUCUUCUACUGGCAAAGCUGUGAAACCGAGACAUGGGUUCAGGUGUCUAGCCUGUGGUUGGACAAUGGAUGGGACUAUAAGUAUCACUGGAUUAAAGAAGCAUAUUGUACACUCGAGGGAUGGAAAGUGCUGCCUUAAUGUGACUCAAGAUUUGCUUGACCGCAUGAAGUUGAUUGGCGGUUCAAAGGGUGUCCCUGACCUCUCUACUAUUGCUGCACUCUUCAAGGACAAGAAGAGGAAGGGAACUUCUUCAGGAUCGGCAGCAAAUCAGAAUACGGGAUCUUCUCGAUCUGCUGCCUGUGAGUCACCCUCUUCCGUUGUUGGUACCAGUAAGAAGAAGCUUAAGGUUGCUUCACCAACAGCAAGUUGCAACCUUCCAUCGUCACCACCGGCAGCAGCUGCGGUCCUUGCUGCUGAUGCAUCUUCCCGUGGGCUUGCAAAAAUCGUCACUGAGGAAGUGGUUACCUUGCGAAGGAUAGCUAAAUCCUUGCUUGAUCUGGCAGAGUCUGAAGAUCCUGAAGAUCCUGAUGUUAGCGCAGCAAUUGAGUUGGAGCAAGUGGCUUAUAAGCUGAUGAUGGCAGCUGCCAAUCGAAGGUCAGGUACCUCUUUGCCUGCCCAGAACAACGCACUGGCUCUGAGUGCGCCAAGCUCUGAAACGCUAUCCAAGACCGACAAAGUCUGAGUACCUCUUUGCUUGCCCAGAAUUGCGCCAAGCUCUGAAAUGCUAUCCGAGACGCAAGAUGGGAUGGAAUGGCUGAAUAUUGUUUCUUGGACCUGGUGUCUAGGGGCAUGUGCUAUGUACGAACUGCUGUCUUGGACCUCUUAUACUUCUCUGUUUUGCUAUCAUUGUUUUCUUAUGGCCAUGUGCUAUGUACGAACUGCUGCGACCUGUCGUAAUGAAUCUAUGCUCUUAUGCUAGUGCGUUCGAACUUAUUUAUUGAUUA